AAAAAAAAAACUCAAAAGCUUAUCAGCCAUUGGAUAGCAGAAGAGAAAGAGACUAACGAAAAUUGUGAGGAAUAUUUAGUCAAAUCAAGCAAAGAAAUUUUAGAGAGAAAUGGAAGAUGAUCAAAUGUUCCUGUACUCCCAACAAAGUGAUGCCAACUCAUACAAUCAAAUGGUUCCAACAGAAGGAGAAUCAAAAUGUAGGAGGAGGAGAAAGAAGAACAAAGUCGAAAAGAUCAAUGAAGAUAUUGGUUUCCGAAAGAGAAAACUAACCGAUGAACAAGUCAGACUGUUAGAGUUAAAUUUUGGAAGCGAACACAAGUUAGAAUCAGACAGGAAAGAUCGAAUUGCUCUGGAAUUAGGCUUAGACCCACGUCAAGUAGCAGUUUGGUUUCAAAACAGAAGAGUAAGGUGGAAGACAAAGAAAAUAGAAGAAGAAUACUCUGAACUUAAAAGGGCUCAUGAUGGUGUUAUGGUGGAAAAAUGUCAUCUCCAGUCUGAGGUAUCAAGGCUCAAAGAAAAACUAAUGGAAGCUGAAAAACAAAUACAACAGCUUAAGGAGCGAUCUAUUAUUGAUCAGACGAGCAACCUUUCCAUGGGUAGUCCUAGUUCAUCAUGUUUCACAGUUGAUGGUGGCGAUCCAAUGUUCAUGCCAGACGAGUUCGAUAAUAACUUUUUCUAUGUUCCAAAUGGAGAUAAUAACUAUAUUCAUGGUAUGGAAUGGGUUAAUGUAAACCCAUUCCAUGAUCAAGAUCUAUAUGAUAUCAUGUAAUAAACAAGAACUAGGUUCCUACUUAGUCGUAUGAUUCUUCGUUAUCAUUAGUAUUAUUAUCAUGUAAAUUAACUUAAUCUAGGUUCUAAAUAUUGCUGUAAAUUAAUCAUCUAUCUAUCAAUUGGUAAUUAGCAUUUUGAUUUA